AUGACUCAAAUGACUGCUUCAGAACUUGGUUCGCCGAGGUCUCAAUCGAAAAUCACAUUUGACAGUUUACCUGAAGAUGUAUUGAUGCGAAUCGUUUACUGGGUCUCAAACGGUACUAUUCAGGAUGGAAGUAAUUCCGUAAUCAAACACCAACAAUUCCCAUCCCAUGUUUAUAUCCUCAAUAGCAAACGAUGUGGCAUUUCAUACAAAGAUUUGUUAGCUCUAUCAUCUACCAGCACUAGAUUGCGGAAACUUCUUGGUCCAUAUUUGUUCUACAGUGUUAGUCUUGUGAGAAGAAACCAAAUUGAUUCUAUUUUGUGUACACCUCGACUGCAGGAGCUAUUUAGCGAUCGAAAACUGUAUCAGCGGGAGUUUUUGUCAGAAUUGGUACAAAAGAAUCUUGAGUCAUGUAGGGAUAGCGAAUUGGCACGUAAUAGUUUCAGAUCCAGUCCACGAGGCGACAAGUUCUUUCGAAGCCGGUAUGAACUCGAGCUCUGCAUGUGUAACUUUGUUCAAUACGUCGAAUGUGAUAAUACCAUCUUGAAAACCGGCGAGUUAAGGUUAUUCCCUAUUAUGCAAGAUUUGAAAGUGUUGGAUCAAAGGUUGGAUGUACUGUCCUUACCUCUAGCAUCUCCAGCAUCUCUGGCACUACAGGCAGAGAUAGAGAAUAUGCUGCUCAAUCGGCUUACUUAUUUGGCCGUGCAUUCUCAAACAUUGGUCACGAGCAAACUCCUUUCAGGUACUCUACCAGUGUUACAACGGUUGGAUUUGUUUCUUGAUUUUGAUGACCUCAGUUAUCCACAGAGUAUCGAUGAGCUCAUUUCAAAUUUUCUGAAAUCACUGUUAAACUUGAAAGAAUUUACACUUGUUUUGCACAAUCCAUUUGCAGUAAAUUAUUUAGGAACCAUAAAUUUAUUAUCUGUUAUUACAGGGAACGCUAAAUUGCGGAAAUUAACCAUAAGGCUAAAACGGAGGAAAAGCCAUGCAACUUUUCAUCAAAGCAGAUGGCCCUUAUAUUCCGGGUAUGCUGGGGAUCUCCUUUUGAAACUUUUUAGCAAUUUGGAAAGUUUGAUUGUAGACAUUCGAAUUAUUGAUCAAAUGAAAUUUAGUCCUGUUAUAUAUAAUACAUUAGGGCGAGAGCCAGAAAUGGGAUCUGAAACUGAAACCGAAACUGAAACCGAAACUAAAGUUGAUUCCAAACUGGGUGCGGGUUACAAAGUAUUUACCAAUACUCAAACUAAUGAUUUAAUAUCUAGUAUUGCUUCACCAAUGGUGAAGCAUUUAAUUCUUGUUGAUCAAGCUAUUGUGGGACCGCAUAUCUCAUCAGAUCGAAGAGAACUUUUAAAUGUCAUUAUUAGACGCGGAAGGUUUACAACAUUAUCGUUCCAAUAUGGAGAAGCCUUAGAAGAGUCUCACUUGCAUGUCCUUAAAAUGGUGACAGAUUUUAUCUCUUUUAUAUGCAACAAUGUUUUUACAGGCUACAGACUCAUUGAUACUAUCUCAGUACAAAAAUGUUGGUCUGUGACAGACGACUCGAUUAUUCGCGAAUAUCUACUUAGGGGAAUUGAAGAUAAGGACAAAAAUAAGUUAAAUAUAGCCACUAUGUGGGGGAAAACCGCAUUUAAUUCACCAAGGUUUCGCAAAAAAGAACUGUUUAAAGUGACUUACUCAAAGAUGGAUGUCACAAGUAUAGCUGACCCGAGUGGCUACUUUCUCGGUGUUUCUACACAACCAUCAUAUAAGGCAAACUAUACCAUGUGGCCCGAGAAUAAUGAAUUCCUGGACGAUUUUUGGAGUAUUGAAGCAUCAUUGACCGAUUUUGAGCAAUACGUUGUACAUCAAAGACAAAGCUUGCUUUUUGGCUAG